AUGGAUCGAACGGACUAUCGCACGCCGACACGGCAAGGUCAUGUUCGACGUGACGAUGGGUCGCGACACCUGGUCAAGGCAUCGCAACCACCUCCGAUUGAGAAAAGAUUCUUCGACAGCAAAUCGCCAGACCAGCAUCCCACAGGAUGUACUUUUCGACGCUUUUCAGCUGCCGCCACCGAUCGCAACGCUUGUGAAGACCAACAGAGAUCAACUAGCAGCAGACAGGUCUUCAUACCCAAGGAAGAGCAGCCGAAAACAACAGAAACCAAACCUACUCCAAGUCGACCCAAAGAAGAAUUGUCAUUAGCUUUUCAAGGAGAAGAGGUCUACCCUAACUUGAAUUGGUUUCGUUUUCAUCUUCGAUUCCUGACUUCUCUGCACUUGGCUGACGUGAAUAAAGCUCUCUGCACGGGCUCUGAUCUUGUUGUUGCAUUUGCCUGGGAAGGUCGGUUCUAG